CUUCGACAGGGGUCCAUGAAGACUUCCUGUUUUAGGGCGGCCAGUUUAAGUUGCCAUAGCAGGGAAAAGGGAAGUCUCAGCGCAGUAACAGUUGCGAACACGAAUUAGUUAGUUGCCCUGUGGAUUCGUUCUGACUCGCAGUGUCCAACUGGAAAAUGGUGCUAGUAUGAUGGUUGUCUAAGUAAAAUUAGUGCAGAAUCCUCGGCCAGUAUUGCUUGGAUGCCAGAGCCCUGGAUCCAUGGCGGAAUCCUCCAGCGAAUCCGAUACUUAUCUGCGCGGUCGGGGCUACCGUGCCAGAGGCCGCGAUACGCAGCCCCGGAACAGAAAGGGAAGAGCCAACGCGGAUGAGGACAUUUCCGCGAAAAUCGACACCCUGGCGAAUACGUUACAGGAUACCAGUAGAAAUCUGCAUAAUGUGGACAGGAUGCUGGGUAAAUACAGGGAACACACAGAUGACCAGGCUGAAGCCAUGGUAACGCUGAGAGAGGACCUGGAGGAUUCUAUCCAGCAGCUGCGUAGCCAGCGUCAGCAAAGGACCUCCGCAGGGCGCAGUGCCUCAGUCUCCACCCUGCACACCAGCGACCUGGAUGCAGGCUCCGCCUCUGACGGUCAUCGCCACUUUCCCACCUCUCCCCUGAGGGACUACUCUGGACCCGAGACGACGGGAAGAAGACGAUCCAGGUCUGCCACUGUGCGCUUCACGGAUGCGGGCACGAAGGAUAACUACGUGCACGGUCUGCAUCAGUCUCUGCGGGACCUGCGCAGUGACCAGAUCCGUCUCGGGGACGACGUCGACCGAGAGAUCCACCGACGGAACAGGACGGAGGUGGAAACCAAGCGGACUUUGGAGCGCCUGUCCGAGAGCCUGGCUUCGCCCCAGAGAGCGGAGUCGGUGACCUCGCGGGUGGAGAGGCGUCUGCAGGAGAUCGAAAAGGAGAUCCGGUCGGAGCGGAGGUGUGCGGAGAAGCUUCCGGAGCCGCGCGGGAACAUGUCCCAGGGGCUGCAGCAGGCUCUGAGAAGGCGAGAGGGCGCAGCUGGUGAAUCCGAGGAGGCAAUGAAGAGCAGUCUGCUGAGAUCAGAGUGUGAGAAAAACAAGGUCGAACAGGAGCUGGAGAGGACCAGGAGGCUGUUGGACCAGUCGGAAGGGGGGCGGGACACCCUUCUGCAGCAGGUAGAAGACCUGCGUGUGCAGCUGCUGAGGACAGAGAAGGAGCGGGUGGACAUGCAGCAGCAGAUCUCCCUCCUGAGCACUCAGAGGAGCCGGCAGGGCUGCGACGAGCAGGAGAGGGACAGGGGGUCAGUGGAGAGGCUGGAGCUGGAGAGGGAGGUGCAGGAGCUACGCCUGCAGUUGGGGCGUGGUGCGGUCCUGAGCGAGAUGGAGGAGCUGAGGAGAGCCGUGGAGCGCAAGGAGAGGGAGAGAACACAGCUGUGUGUGCAGGUGGAGGCUCUGUCGGUGGAUCUGGAGCGGCGUGAGCAGCAGCAGCUGAAGAUGCUGGAGCAGCUGAAGGAGAUCCAGGCGCGGGCGGAGGAGUGCCAGGCGGAGCGGGCGCGGGCGGAGGCGCAGAGGGCCGACAGCGACAGGAGGAGGGAGGAGGUGAAGAGCCGCGCCCAGGAGGCCCUGCGCCAGUGGAAGGCCAAGUGCAGAAAGCUGGAGCUCAGCCUGGAGGAGCAGAGCAAGGAGGCGCAGACCAGCGCAGACAAGGCCCGGAAGGCCCUUAAGGAGAGGGACGGCCUCCAGGUGGCGCUGCAGACGCUCGGCCAGCAGGCGGAGGCCCUGCGCAAGGAGCUGGCGGAGGUGCUGGGGCGCCUGGCGCGGCGCGAGGAGGACGCGCGGAGGCUGGAGGUGGAGCUGAGCGAGGCCAAGGCCCUCCGCCUGGGCCUGGAGCAGGAGGCGCGGGAGGUGCGCGAGGCCUCCCGCUCCCUGGAGGAGGAGGCGGGGCGGCAGGGCCUGCUGGAGGCGCGCCUGCGGGAGGAGAACCGGGCGCUGGAGGCGCGGGCGGAGGAGGCGGGCCGGGGGCGGGAGCGGGACCGCGCGGCUCUGCUGGAGCUGCGGGCGGCGGCGCGGGAGCUGAGCGAGGCGCGGGCCCAGCUGGCCGCCCGGCUGGCCGAGGAGGAGGAGGCGCGGGAGGAGGCGCAGCGGCGGCUGGACGCGGCGCUGGAGGAGGCCCGCGCCCAGGGACGCCAGCUGCAGCUGGAGAGGGAGCUGCGGCAGAGCGAGCUGGCCAGCCUGCAGGGGGCGCUGCAGGACGGGAGGGCCAAGCAGGAGCGGGCCGUGCAGGAGACGCUCAGGCUCUGUCAUCAGGAGAAGAAGGAGCUGCAGGACCACCUGAGGGAGCUCAAGGCGGAAGGAGCAGCCGACAAGGACAAGGUGCGGGCGCACCGCCGGCAGGUGGAGAAGAUGAAGGCCGAGUGCGACAAGCUGACGGAGGAGCUGACUCGCGCCGAAGAGGGCCACGCCCAGCUCGGCAGGAAGUGCCAGCUGCUCAAGCAGGAGCUGGAGGAGAAGACGAAGCUGGCGGCCCGGGGGGACGACCGCGCGCGGAGCGCGGAGGGCGCGGCCGCGGAGCUGCGCGCGCACGUCAGCCGCUUGGAGGCGGAGCAGGAGUCCGUGCUCUCGUCCAUCGGCGCCGAAAUCGACGCGGCCUGCAAGGAGCUGUCCGGGGAUUCCGCCGAGAAGCUCAAAGCCAUUUCCCUCAGUUUGGGGCUUCAUAGUGACCCACAUCGCUGGCUGGCUGAAACUAAGACAAAGCUGCAGUGGUUGUGUGAGGAGGUGAAGGAACGGGAGGCGCGGGCGAGGAGGCUGAGACGGCACGUCCAGCAGAGUCGAGAGGAGAUCAAGAGCCUGAAAAAGAGCAAAGAAGCAGAGCAGCAGGUCCUCCUGGAGCGCAUCACGCAGCAGGAGCGACUUCUGGAGAACCUCCAUGGUGAGAAGAGAGAUCUGCUCGAGAAAACCCACAUGAAGGAUGAGGAAAUGAGGGGCCUACAAGACCGAAUAUCAGAUCUGGAAACGAGCACCAGGCUUGCUCUAGAUCACCUGGAGUCUGUCCCAGAGAAGCUGAGUCUGCUAGAAAACUUCAAGGACCUGGAGGAGUCUCAGCGGCAGCGGGAGGUGGUGGAGGAGCGAUACGCCCGAUACAAGGACAUCGUGGGCGACCUGCAGCACCAGUUGGAGGAGUCCAAAAGGAGAAUCCAGGACUCCAGGGAUGAGAAGAUGGACGCAGCGUCCCGUAGCAUCCGCCUGGCCGCCCUCUCCUCCUCUAUCCGGGGGCAGGGCAAUUUCCUGUCCAGCUCCCUACUCAGUGACAGUGCCUCACCACACAAACGCUUCGCCUCUCCGGAGUUGGACAGCAGUCUGCUUGAAGACCAAAGUUUGUCUUUAAAUGGCAUAAAACCUCUGUCCACAGCUCAGUGAAACAUUGGCCAGCCUCCAAUCUGCAAACCUGUUUACAGCAGUUUAUAGCAGCCAGUUAUAUUUAUAACUGUACAGGAGCAUAAAACGGUCCCCUGCACAUUCAACACUGUACGCCAACCACCCUGAUGCCUUUCUGCUCCACCACGUGGGUUACCAUGACAACCUCAAAGCCAGUCACUUUUAGUGUGGACAAAGAACAAUGGGGUAGUCUCAACGGUAAGGGGUUGGUAUUGGCAUUACUUAGUAAAAAUUAUUUGGGAAAUCGCUUUAAAGUAUGUUUUCCACUAUUUUUGUUUCAGUAAACUGGAUGUCCUUGAUUGAAUGUACCGUGGAUAAGAUGAAAUGGCCAUCUCUGUGUUUACAGUAAACCUGGGUAAUCUGCUUCAUCUGUGAAACAGAACCUCAGAAAAGAGUAAUGUUCUUACCGUAAAUCAUGGAAUUGGAAUGCCUUGCAUAUUCCACAUUUCUAUGGGCUUUCAAACAAGAAAAUUACCAAGAACAAUAAUCUAAUCUAAAUAACUUUUUAUGUAACACUUUUGAAACAUACUGUUUAUGUUGAAAUCAAAUGUUUGUACACUAAAUUAUGCAGAUAUGAAAAUGGCUAUCUGCAAAAAAAAAAAAGUUAAAGCUUUGUUGGAGCAUUUACCUUUAGUAAAAAUCUGGUGCUUUUUUUUACUUACUGCACAUGGCAUUAAUAUAUAUGCAUAAUAAAUAUUUUAUACGGUUUUCAGCAAAUUGGCCAAUUCUCAGUGUUUCUAUGUGUACCUAAAGCUAGCUGCUCUAAAUGCUGGUUGUUGGUGUUUUGUCAUUUCAUUGAUUUGUUUUCAUUUCAGUGCACACACUGGAUUAUGUUUUAUCUGAUUUUUAUAUAUGUACACAUUUAAGCUUUUUAUAUAUUUGACAGUGAUUGUUUGUCUAAAAUCACAAAGAAUGCACAAGUCGCAAUGUUCAGUGUUUAAGUGAAGAGAGUAAAAAGUGGACGCAGUGUGUUAAUGAUCAAAGUGAUUGGGUUUUUUUUUUUUUUAACAGCCCCUUGGGUCUUUUCCCAUUUCUCUCUCCCUAAAUCUAUCUUUCCUGCUUAAAGAUUCUUGUUCUGGAAAGCAUGUCUGUCACCCUACCUCCAUUGUAUUCUUUGCCUGGUCAGCUCUGAGCAAGAAGCUGAAAAGAGUUUAUUUGAGACGACAACACUUGUUAAAUGGGACAAAUUAAUGAUUUUUAUCAGUUUUCCCCAAAAGUUACAUUUGGCAUUUGGGAUGACAGUUUGCACAAGCCGUGUCACACUCCAAGUUUGUGCGUGUAUACGCUGGUGUGCUUGGGUUUGUGAUGUGACUGUGCUCUGCGUGUGCAUGCAUGUGUGUGUGCGUGUCAUUCUUUUCACACAUGCAGCCUUACCCUGAAAUGUUAUGUGUGAAUGAGCGUCUGGGUAAGCAUUUCAGAAAAGUAGCUCUGGCAAUUUGCUGGCUCCAGAAAGAGUAACAUUUACGGAAAUGUUCAAUUUCAAUGUUAGUGUGCACGAAGCCAAAACAUCAACAGAUCCAACACACAAAAAUCGGCUUUCGCUAAGACAUCCAUCAGUGUCUGCAAUCCCAACAUGCCUUGUGGGGGGCCACCGCCACCUGUCAUUCAAAAUGAAUGGAGCACUGCGUACAGUGUGGCUUCACCGUUACCCUUGUGGAUUUCUAUAUUGCAAUAUUGCUAUAUUGCAGUUAUAUUUAAAAUGUAUUUGUAAUAUUCAAAAUCAUUUAAUUAAUAGUCUCUUUUCCCGCACCAAUUAGUGUGAAUACACACAGGCAUGAGGCAGAAUUUUGUAUAAGAACCUGAUUUAAACAAAAAAAAAAAAAAGAAAAGAAAAAGUAAUGAAUGCCCAGGGGUCGUUCUUACUUAACUUGGCAUGCUGUUAAAUAAUGAAAAGCAGUCUUAUACAAUUUUGGGAUGUUUCCAGAACUAAAAGCAGUUUCUCUGCCUCCCUUAUCUCUUGUGGUCUGCCAGCUAUUUUGAGACCAUCUGUUUGGCUGCUUGUGAAGAGCUUGAAACUAAACCCAAUAUCCAGUACAAGAGGGGAACAAAAGUUUCUAGUGGUGCAUACAAGGUUUUUGCUACCUCUCCUUUACUCUGGGGAGAGACCACUGGAGGGAUUACUGCUGGUCACAGCAGGUUACCUGAUGCAUUCACAGGCUGUGUCAGGGGCCUUGUUGACCGGUGUAGUUUGCACUGCUUAAUAAUUCACAUUUCUAAGACUUAGGUUCUUUCACGGCUGUCCCAAAUUUUGUCUGUGCCAUUUGUAUGUGUUUACAUUUUCAAAAUAAAUGUGCAGUAUUUUCACAGACUUUCUUUUGGGAGAUUUACCAUUGGAAACCUAAAUAAUGUCAAAUAAAACUGGCCUUAAAUGCU